GGAUUUUCCGGGUACAUCUCGGGGCACAUAACAUUGAUAAAACAUGAUGCCAACGGCUUCAUGAUCUAUUCAAAUGAGACAAAAAGACAAUGUUCAGAAUGUCAAACACUCACUGGAAUCUCCGACGAAGGCUUGGUCUGGAUGUUUGUCUUAUACUGAGAUUAUCAGGACCUCUAAAAGAACAAUAUGCUAAGGAUCAUGGAUUAGAUUAUCAGGAACUUCUCAAUGCAUCUUUCUACAAGGAAACACAUAGAGCAAAGAUGAUCAAAUGGGGUGAAGAUAUAAGGGAGGCCAACCCAUACUUUUUCUGUCAGAAAACUGUAGAAAGCGCAGCCCCAGGUGUCCCAGUGUGGAUCGUAUCUGAUGCUCGCAGAUUGUCUGAUGUCAUUUUUUUCAAAGAAAAGUAUCCCAAUCAGCUCAAAUUGGUCAGAAUAACUGCAUCAGACGAUAUAAGAAAGAAAAGAGGUUUUAUUUUUACAGAGGGUAUAGAUGAUGCAGAAUCGGAGUGUGGUUUAGACAAAGGUCUUGAAUGGGACAUUACAAUUGACAACAGUGGAGACGAAAGCCUUCUUGACCAAAAUAUCAGCACCCUAGUUUCACUUGUACAAAACUCAAAGUGAUGAUACCUUUAAAUGAUUGUACAUGUACAAGAUAAGAUAUCUUAAAGUAAGAUACCAGUUAUUUAGUGCUUGCAAUGGGUUACCUUUUUUUACAUUCUUGACAGAUUUAUGAAGCCGUUGAUAUUAAAAAAUAAUACAAUUUAUGUCUCACUCUGGCAGAACGGUUUCGAUCUUAGAACUUUCAGAUUGCAACAUUCCAAAGACUGAAUGGUCCAAGUGAUCACCUUGCCAUGUUUGUUUGUUAACAUCCUCUAGCAGAAUGGAAAUGAAAUGUAAGACAUGUUACUUUAUGAACUUGGACAAGGGAGGGAACAGAUCACGUAGUCUUAAUGAUUCAUGGUGGUGUUUCAUUGAGACUCAAAGUGAUUCAAAGUGGUUCUGCAUGCAAGAGGGUGAUUUUAAGUGUUGUUUCAACUGUGCUUGGAUAUAUAUAUAUAUAUAUAUAUUGAAUUAAUGUAUUGCGCCCCGAUUUUUCGUCGGCGAGAGAUUGGAACAGAUUCAAAAGAAGCCGUGAAUGUGCUUAGCGCUCCAUGAAAGACAGUUCCAAUUCAUAUAUGAAACGGAAGAGCCUUCAAAGCAUAACUGCAUCACAUUUGUUCUAGUAUAGGACAUACAAAAACAACAUUUGAACGGCCUGGAUGUUUUUUAUUAGCAAAAACACGUUUUAUCUGCAUGUUUGUUGUUGGAUGAAAUGCUUUACACAUACAUGUAUGCAUGUAUCAUUUUGAAGAUUAGAAUGCAACAAUAGUAAAGAAUAUAUGCCACGAUAAAGAUGGCGUUACAUUGCAUAUUACUGAUCAUAUUGGCACACAGAAACAUCCGGUCUGCUUUACGCAAGAUUGUGUAUAAACGCCACAGCUGUGAUAACAAAGAUGUGCACAGCAGGAGUAUCUCAAAUUCCUAUAUGUUUA